UGGGGCGCUCAGAAGGGGUGGGGCCUUCUGGAAGGUUCUGCGCGGCUAUAUAAAGGCGGCGGGGUGGGUCGUGAAUGCUCUCAUUCAGCAGUAACUUUCGGUGAGCGGUGUCCUCUGUGCCCCUGGGACGAGCAGACAAGAUGUCGAAGGGACCAGCUGUCGGAAUUGAUCUGGGCACCACCUAUUCCUGUGUUGGUGUAUUCCAACACGGGAAGGUGGAAAUCAUUGCAAAUGAUCAGGGUAACCGGACCACACCAAGCUAUGUCGCCUUCACGGAUACAGAGAGAUUGAUCGGUGAUGCUGCCAAGAACCAAGUUGCAAUGAAUCCAACCAACACAGUUUUUGAUGCAAAGCGGUUGAUUGGGCGUAGAUUUGAUGAUUCUGUUGUCCAAUCUGACAUGAAGCACUGGCCUUUCACUGUGGUGAAUGAUGCUGGCAGACCAAAAGUCCAAGUGGAGUACAAGGGCGAGACAAAGAGUUUCUACCCAGAAGAAAUUUCUUCCAUGGUUUUAACCAAAAUGAAGGAAAUUGCAGAAGCAUAUCUUGGGAAGACUGUUACUAAUGCCGUAGUGACUGUACCGGCCUAUUUCAACGACUCACAGCGCCAGGCUACAAAAGAUGCUGGAACCAUUGCAGGGCUGAACGUCCUGCGAAUCAUCAAUGAGCCAACAGCUGCUGCAAUAGCCUAUGGUCUGGACAAAAAGGUUGGUGCUGAAAGGAAUGUUCUUAUUUUUGAUCUUGGAGGUGGCACCUUUGAUGUGUCAAUUCUGACUAUUGAAGAUGGCAUCUUUGAGGUGAAAUCCACUGCAGGUGACACUCACUUGGGUGGAGAAGACUUCGACAACCGCAUGGUCAACCACUUCAUUGCUGAAUUCAAGCGCAAGCACAAGAAAGAUAUCAGCGAGAACAAGAGGGCAGUUCGCCGCCUCCGCACUGCCUGUGAGCGUGCAAAGCGUACCUUGUCAUCCAGCACACAGGCCAGUAUUGAAAUUGAUUCUCUCUAUGAGGGUAUCGACUUCUACACAUCCAUUACUAGAGCUCGCUUUGAAGAGCUGAACGCUGACCUGUUCCGUGGCACCCUGGAUCCUGUAGAGAAGGCCCUGCGGGAUGCCAAACUCGACAAAUCACAGAUCCAUGACAUUGUCCUGGUUGGUGGGUCUACUCGUAUCCCAAAGAUCCAGAAACUGCUGCAGGAUUUUUUCAAUGGCAAGGAGCUGAACAAGAGCAUCAAUCCUGAUGAGGCUGUGGCUUACGGUGCAGCUGUGCAGGCUGCUAUCCUGUCUGGAGACAAGUCUGAGAAUGUGCAGGAUCUGCUGCUGUUGGAUGUGACUCCUCUGUCUCUUGGUAUUGAGACCGCUGGAGGUGUCAUGACAGUCCUGAUCAAGCGGAACACCACCAUCCCCACCAAGCAGACUCAGACAUUCACUACGUACUCGGACAACCAGCCUGGUGUGCUGAUCCAGGUGUAUGAAGGAGAACGUGCCAUGACUAAGGACAACAACUUGCUGGGCAAGUUUGAGCUGACUGGUAUUCCUCCUGCUCCCAGAGGUGUUCCUCAGAUUGAAGUAACGUUUGAUAUUGAUGCCAAUGGCAUCCUGAAUGUUUCUGCUGUGGAUAAGAGCACUGGCAAGGAGAACAAGAUCACAAUAACAAAUGACAAGGGCCGGCUGAGCAAGGAAGACAUUGAGCGGAUGGUUCAGGAAGCAGAGAAAUACAAAGCAGAAGAUGAGAAGCAGCGUGAUAAGGUAUCAUCCAAGAACUCUCUGGAGUCCUAUGCGUUCAACAUGAAGGCUACUGUGGAAGAUGAGAAGCUCCAGGGCAAGAUCUCCGAUGAAGACAAGCAGAAAAUCUUGGACAAAUGCAAUGAGAUUAUCAACUGGCUGGACAAGAAUCAGACUGCUGAGAAGGAGGAGUUUGAGCACCAGCAGAAGGAGCUGGAGAAGGUGUGCAACCCCAUCAUUACCAAGCUGUACCAGAGUGCUGGAGGAAUGCCUGGUGGAAUGCCUGGUGGGAUGCCUGGUGGAUUCCCUGGUGGUGGAGCUCCUCCUUCUGGUGGAGCUUCCUCUGGACCAACCAUCGAGGAGGUGGACUAAAGCCAGGGAAGAAUGCAUUCCACUAGCAGUUAGUGUUGGAGGGGCCCCACGCCCUGUGUGGGGGUUGGAUUGGAGGACCCAAACCUGUAGGCACACCAGGGUUCACUUUGCCAGAUUAGAACUCCAUAACUGAGCUGCUGUACAAAUAAAAACAUUUUUUCUGGGCAUUUUAAAUACUUGAACAUGUGCACAGGAGGGGAGAUGGAUACCAUUGCACUUUACAGUACUGUAAACAAGUGGAAAUGCAAUUAAAAGUUGUAAGGAAUAAAAAUAUUUAAUGGGCAUCACAA